AUGGCUGCUGCAAAUCCAGGGAUCACAUCUUCACCCUGGGUUCGAAGGCGGGAAGGCAAGCAGAAAGUGUAUUCUUCAGGAGCUUUUCUCAAAGAGCGCGUUCGGCUGUUAACCGAAAGGUUGGUGGUUCGAGCCCACCCAGGGACGGCCCCGUCUUUUGCGGGUUUGUCGCCGGUACUUUUGCACAAUUCUUGGGAGUUCAGACCUACAGACAACUCGGAGGUGGAUAUCCGGGGGUUGAGGGAAAAGAAACCGCCCAACUCCCUUCGCCGCCCACCCUGCGUGCCGCUCUUCAGCUUCCGGGAGCGCUGGCGGCCCCUCCCCCAGCCGUCCCCUGCUGGAGACGGGCAGGUGGGCUGUUCCUGCCGUUCCCCGGGGUCGGCGGGAGGGUCCAGCGCCUUAAAGCGCGCGCGUACUUCCACUUGUGAUCGCCCAGUUCCCAAACUCAGGCCGCUGGGUGCCCAAAGGAGCCCUCGUCCUCCUCGCUCUUUCCUGAAGCUCAGGCCGCACAAGUCCCUUCCCUGCCUCGCCAGGCUCCCGCGGGCUCCGAGCGGACCGACAGACUGGCGCGAGCGCCGAGAGCGCGCAGAGCCCGGGCGGGCCCCUCAGCCGCGCGCGCGCGGCCGCGCCGGGGCUCGAACCCGCCUCCGCAGCUCCGAGCGGCCCCGGAGGCCCCGGCGGCGGGAGCGCGGCCCGAGCUGCUCUCGUUCUGCUUCAGGACCCCUGAAAUGUCAGAGGUCGCGUGCAUGUGUACAUGUUAAUUAGGGCUCACAUUUAGUGAGUGUUCAGUCCUGGCCAGUCACUGCUCUGAGUGCUUUCAUGGAAGAAAGUGCGAUCCUUACAACAACCCUUCCAGGUAGGUCCUACUGUUGCCACUGUACAGAUGAGCUACCGGAAGCAAGGUGCAGUGGGCCGAUUUGCCUGAAUCUGCAGUUAGUCACUAGCGUGGUACAGAUUUGAACCCAGGCAGUCAGGCUCCAGAGCCCAUGCUCCUCACUGUUGUACUAUACUUCUCCUUCUGACUUAGAGCUCCUUGAUUAAUUAGUUAAUUUAAAACCAAAGGUGAUAUUUUUAAUGAAUUUUUAUGACGUUUCAUUAACAUUUUGUUCCAGAGUUCAUGAAGGAAAAAAGAAACCCAUGGAACAUUCAUGGAAUACUAAAGGGCAUUGUUAAAUUGCACAUUCAUUGUGCUGCUUCGUUUUAUUGAAAUGAAAACUGGGUAGGAACAUGAAAUCUUAAUGUGAAAUGGAUCUUUGGGAAACAAUUUGAUAGCAUUUCCUUGGAGAAGGCAAGAUUAGAAACAAAGACAGGCUGGAAUAGCCCAGGCAAAAUAGGGAAGAAAGAUAGAAAGAAUAGAUUCAAGCAUGGGGCCUAAUGUAGAGCCUAAGGAUUCUUGGACUGAUGUUUGGCCUUUGGGAUAUACCCAUACAGACCCCGAUUUCGGGACCCUUUUGGGAGAUAGCACCACGGUUGGCCCUGGACAGGUGCCUAGGCGGCAGUUUUAAAUUUGAUCCUAAAAUUUUUUCCGUAUGUUCAAUCUCAUCCUAUUUCGGGGAUUAAUAGGAUUUAGAGGCCAGAAAGUAAAGAGGAGGGAUUAAGUGAGAAUGGAGACGGGGCAAAGAGUGCAAAACUGCCCUCUAAUGUAAGUAGUUGAUUUUAUUAUGUAGGCAAGUGCUUAGUGCAUUUCUUUGUACUCGCUGUUGCAUACAGAGAAGACAGGUGGGAAGCCUUUUAGAAAAAUCGCUUAAAUAUUUAUGGAGAAAUUGGCUUUGUAAAAUUUCAGUGUGUACUACUUGUAGAUGUUGCAAUUCAUGCUACUUUUGGGGAGCGUUACUUGGUUUUCAGUGUCUUGGUUCUGUGAUACCAACAAAGCCCAGAAAUGUGUCGAGAUCAUUCAGAUCAUUAAUUGAAGACUGAAGAGCCUUUAACAGUCUAUGUCGAGCAUCUGAGUAUGUAAAUAUGUUCCUAA